GCUUGGCAUGCACUAUGUUGAAUCUUCCCUGGAGGCGCAAAGUAUCCCUGUCACCAUUGCUAAGCUCAAGACUCAUCAGGUUGCCCUGUUCAUGGCCAGCGCCAUCAAAGAAAUGGCAGUGGUGAACAAAAUGGCUAUGGCGCACUUUUUUAAACAUGCCUCAUCUCUCACCAAUCAAUGACAGACCUGGUGCCUGGAGUUCCU